UUGUUUUGACGUGAAAGCCAGCUCAACAGGGUAUUUGGAAGUGGGAGUGGGGUGUUGCGGAUAGGGUUCGGUUUUGUUGGCAAAACAACCAUCAAUAGCAGCAACAGGAACAGUACUGGUGUGGUGGCGCUACCAACAAAAAAAAAGAGAAAAGAAAAACACAACUCAACCUCCCGGACGUAGACCAGCUGCGGGCUGCUUUGUGUCAACGUAAUCAAUUUUGUUUCGCUUUGACAAUUCCCGACCGCUAUUUCGGUGCGUGCAGCGUCAGGCGUAUAUUUGAAUGUGUCCACGUCCGUGCCCGUCCUGCUGCGUGUUGCUUUCCGUGCCGUCUGCCGUCCGCCGUUUACCGCUGUGCUCAAGAUGAAGGUGACCGCUGCUCACGGAAAUAACCUGAAGUACCUUAGCCUGGUCACACUCACGUUGCAGAAUGCAAUCCUCGGGCUAAGCAUGCGGUACGGCCGUACCCGACCGGGCGACAUGUUUCUCAGCUCGACCGCCGUCGUGAUGGCGGAAGUGGUGAAGCUAGCGACCAGUCUGGUGUUGGUGUAUCUGGAAGAGGGCAAACAUCUGGGCCGGCUCCGAACCGCACUGCAUCAAACCAUCGUCAAGCAACCGAUCGACACGCUGAAAAUAUGCGUACCAUCGCUGCUGUACAUCAUACAGAACAAUCUGCUGUACGUAUCCGCGUCCCAUCUCGAUGCGGCCACGUAUCAGGUCACCUAUCAGCUGAAGAUUCUUACCACGGCCGUGUUUGCGGUGCUAAUCCUACGCCGCCGACUGCUCCCAACGCAGUGGGCCGCCCUCGUGUUUCUCGUCGUCGGUGUUGCCAGCGUUCAACUGGCGCAGACCGGCGAAGAUGCCGGUUCGGCUGCCACGCGUCAACAAUCAAUGCCACCGGGCGAUGGUCCGGCCCAGAACCGGUUGCUCGGAUUCAGUGCCGCACUCGGUGCCUGCUUCCUGUCCGGGCUGGCCGGCAUUUACUUCGAAAAGAUGCUGAAAGGUGCCGACAUCUCCAUCUGGAUGCGUAACAUCCAGCUCAGCCUGCUGUCCGUCCCGUUCGGGUUGCUGACGUGUGCUGUAAACGAUGGCGCACAGCUAGCCGCUAACGGAUUCUUCUUCGGCUACGAUGGGUUUGUGCUGUAUCUGGUCGUACUGCAGGCGGUCGGCGGUUUGAUCGUGGCCGUCGUCGUCAAGUACGCGGACAACAUCCUGAAGGGUUUUGCGACCUCGCUCGCCAUCAUCAUUUCGUGCGUUGCCUCGAUCUAUCUGUUCGAUUUUAGCCUUUCGUUACAGUUUAGCGUCGGUGCGGCGCUGGUCAUUGGGUCGAUCUUUCUGUACGGGUACGACCCAUCAAACAAGGGUGCAAAACCUGUACCGAGCGGCGGACGAAGCAAAAGCCUUGCCGAGGCCGAAGAACGACUGCUAGCGGAGAAGGUUUAGAGAUAGAGUGUGUGAGUAGUAUAAAGGAUCUGGCAGAAGAGCUUGUGUCCAAGGUUUUGAGGGCGUAGGAAUGAGUUGGGCGAGGCCAUGUUCAUCUCCGCUGGGGAACUCCUAAACAUAGAUAUUAGGACCUCUAAUGUCUUUAAGGGUCCUACCAAACACCUCAGAAAGUCUAGGAAGUGUACAAGUUUUAGGAUUCCUUGGCUGAGUAGUACGUUCCUACGUACACGCAAAACGGUUCGAAUCGGAUUUAACAUCAUUUCUUGAUUUCUUUACACUUUUAACACGCCGUGCUCGAUGUUAGCGAACGACCUAGCAUAGUAUAGCAGGAUACAAAAAUUACGAAAAAAAAUCCUUGAAUUAAUCUCUUACCAGCCAGCCUAGCCCAGCUAGCUGGUUCUGCUCUAUUUCUAACGUUUCAUUUAAACUACACCUCAGUGUAGUUUCUUGUUCGAGCAACCGGAAGUCACGACACGGAUUAGUCUGUAAUAAAAACGAAUAGCAAAUAAGCAAAAAAAACACACACAAACACACCUUAUCGUAUUAGGGUCUAGUGGGCAAUACUAGAAGGGCACAAGCGCAAAACAACAAAAUGGGGGCACAGUAUUUCCGGAACGGGAUCCAAUCAGUUACUUAGCAGAACGUUGCGUGAAGGCUGCAACGUUUUAGGCUGUAAGAAUGAUCUAGCAUAGAGCGAUGCCUUGUACGAUACAGUAGUACGCGUACCAAUUUUUUUUUUGCUUCUUCGAAUCCAACUCGACGCCACGUGUUCGGUUGACGGACACGUGCGUAGUGAGCAUUGUUUUUUUUGAACAUGAAAUUCUGAUUUAAACCUCGAACAUAUCUUUAAACUGCAAAUGUUUUUAGUUUAUACGGACAUAAUCCUAUCUCUAUCUAGGUUAUUUUAUUAGCAGUUUUUAACUCUUGUUUUGAAAAGACUAGAACUAAGAAAACGUGGUGGAGAGUUACGUUAUAACAUCACGUUACCUUAAGGAAGGCGUGCUGGAUAACGAUGGAAGCAAGAGUAGUGGAAAAACUUUAUAUUCAUUACGAAACAAAACACUACAAAUAAAAUGUUUAAAGCAAUCUCGA